CAGCAUACAUAAAUUAAAGAGAGUCAAAGAAGAAGCUAAGGAAGAAGACAUACAUACAUAGAGAGGCAAGCAAGCUAGUUGCUGCCUUAUCAUACUGAUCGAAGCGCGCAAAGAAUCGAAGAAUGCAUCCAAGAGAAGCCACAUUCAGCUUCUUGAUCUUCUUCUUCUUCGUCUUGACUCCAUCUCUUCUUACCCUCACAUUCAGCCACCAACACCCCAACCCUGAACAUGUGGUCAAAGAAGUUCUAAGGAGAGUGAAUGAAUCAGUGACGACGAGAAGAUCCCUUCAGUCUCAGCCACCACCAUGCCCGACCGGGAACUCAAUCGACGACUGCUGGCGGUGCGACCCGAAUUGGGGCAGCAACCGCCAGCGGCUAGCUGACUGCGGGAUUGGGUUCGGGAAAUAUGCAAUGGGCGGGAAAGGCGGGGAGAUAUACAUGGUCACGGACUCAUCGGACGAGGACCCCUUAAACCCGAAACCGGGCACUCUCCGGUACGGGGUGAUUCAAGAGGCCCCGCUGUGGAUCAUCUUCCAGGAGAGCAUGGCCAUCACGCUCAACCACGAGCUCCUCGUCGGCAAAUCGAAGACCAUCGACGGCCGCGGCGUGAACGUGCAGAUAACCGGAAAAGGGUGCAUCGUCCUCCGGUCAGUGACCAACGUCAUCAUCAGCAGCCUCCAGAUCUACAAUUGCGUCCCGUCUAAGGCGGAGCGAGUGCGGCUGAGCCCGGAUUUCGAAGAGGAGGUGUCGGGAUCGGACGGGGACGGGAUAUCCGUCCAGGCGUCGUCCGCCGUGUGGAUCGACCAUUGCACCCUGGCGAAUUGCGCGGACGGCCUGAUCGACGUCACGGAAGGGUCCACGGCGGUGACCAUAUCCAACAACUACUUCUCCCACCACGACAAGGUGAUGCUGCUGGGGCACAGCGACGAUUACCCCGCCGACAAGCGGAUGCAGGUCACCGUCGCGUUCAAUCGGUUCGGGGAAAGGCUGGGACAGAGGAUGCCGAGGUGCAGAUUCGGCCAUUUCCACGUCUUCAACAACGAUUACUCGGCGGGGUGGGGAAUCUACGCAAUCGGCGGCAGCGCACAGCCGACCAUCAAUUCCCAGAACAACCGCUUCGUGGCGCCGGAUAACCCUAAUUUGAAGGAGGUGACGAGGCGAGAAGAAUCAAGCCAGGGCGAGUGGUCACGAUGGAAUUGGAGGACGGACGGAGAUAUAUUUCUGAACGGAGCGAAUUUCGUGGCCUCCGGCAGCAUCCAAGCCGACUCAUACACCGAUGCGGAGAGCUUUAAUCCCGCCGGCUUCAGCGAGACGCUGACCCAAAACGCCGGCGUCCUCAAUCGCAACCAAGGGAACAUUCCCAUCGGCGGCGGCGGGGUGAGCAAUAUCCCAGGCAGCGACCAAUGGGAUAUCGUGUUCACAGGCGGAGCGCCACCACAACCACCCACCACAGUCCUCUUUUGGUCGUCAUCAUUUCUUCUGCUUGUAUACCCUACCUUCUGUAGCCUUUGGGGGCGCUAAUUCAAUGGAUUGUGAAUUUAAUUUAAUCUCUUCCCCAAAAACAGAAUGGAAUGUAACUGAAUUGAUUUGGUUCAGAUUCCCUUUUUACUCAUUUACCCUCCCGUCCGAAAAUGGCCUCCAUGCAAUCCAUUUGGGGAGAGGAGUAUACUGUAAAUUUAGUUAUUUUUUCUACGCCAUGCAAAUUCAUUUAAUAGCUAGUUUGGUCUCGAAUUG